AUGCGGAAGGUCGCAUCAUUUUUACUCCUUGUCAGCCACUUCUCACAAGGGAUUUUUAUCGACAGAAUCCACGUGAAGAAUUCUGGCACAGAAAAAACUACAGGAAAUUCUGAAGACGUUGCGGAAACAACACCUUUUAUCAUUGAAGAGAUUGAAACACCAGAUUCUCUAUCUGCAGAAGAAAGCCUUUAUGUGAACAAUGCUCUGUGGAAAAAGGCAAUCAAUAAAGAGAUCUUUCAAACAUUGGGACUCAAUGAAGGAAAUAUUCACCGGGAUAUGUACUUCCUUUUCAACUUUGCUGGAAACAAGGAACAAUCAAGAGACCUUUUAAAGAACUUUUAUGACACGCUUUCUAAAAAUAUACACAAGCGAUCAAGAGGAAGUCCGGAUGUCCAAAAAUCUUAUAUUCAAAAGCUGUCCAACGAUAAACCGAUGGAAAGCACAAAUGAUCGUAAUCAUGGCGAUGUAGAACCAGAACAAAACACUGCACGGAGGCGUCGGAUGGUCAGCAAAGAGAUCUCUGGUAAUAAGGAUGACCCGUCCCUUGGAAUUCAACAGCCAUGUUCAGCGAAACACGAAAUUUAUCUCAGAAAACAAGAAGACGAGGGUUGCCCAGGAGCUUUAGACUUUGCAGCGUUUGUGUGUAAAGAGUUCUUCGGGUGCGGAAUGUUUGUGGAUUCAUUUAAGAACUGCCAACCAAGAAUAUGUCUGUCAUACAAACAAGCUGUGGUAACUCAGGAAUGUUAUAAACACUUAUUUGAUUGCUCCUAA